UCCCCAAUCCAUCUCCUCCUUAUAAAGACACCCUCUCCCUUUCUGUCUCCCUCACACACUCCUCCAGCGAUUGCACAACUACAAGUUAUAUCCAGCAGCAAAGUAUCCUUGAGUUGCUCGACGUCAGCGAGGGCCUCCCUUCGCUCACUGGCCAACUGCCCGCCGCUCCUUGAGCAUACACACUGUGUGGCUUUACUUGCCGGCGGCAGUCUGCAGUCUCUGUUAGCUCCGGCCGGCGGUAGCUAGCUUGUCAUCCCGGCCGGCGACGCAGCGGCGGCUAGGAAGGAAGACGAUGUCGAGCAGAAGGUCGUCGCGCGGCGCCAUCUCCGACGAGGAGAUCAACGAGCUCAUCUCCAAGCUCCAGUCUCUGCUCCCCAACUCUCGCCGCCGCGGCUCCAGCCAGGCGUCGACGACGAAGCUGCUCAAGGAGACGUGCAGCUACAUCAAGAGCCUCCACCGGGAGGUGGACGACCUCAGCGACCGGCUGUCGGACCUCAUGUCGACCAUGGACCACAAUAGCGCCGGAGCAGAGAUCAUCCGCAGCAUCCUCCGCUCGUGAUCGUACGUACUGAAGUGCCGGCAGGUCGGCGAGGACUAAACCGCCGGGACGAUUAAGCGGCGGCGGCGCCAUGGGUUUCUCCGGCCAGCCGGACACGUACGCACGAGAGCUUUGCUUAGCUAGGGUAUAUAUAUUUGUCCUCCACAUAUUUAAAUAUGUAUCUCUUUCCUGCUCCCUUUCUGCCUAGAUCGAUCUGAUCGUGUAGAUCGAAAAAUGUACUCCGUGUCCCUAAGCUUCACUCCUUCUGCUGUACUGCGUAGGGCAUUAGCUUAGCUAGCGUCCCUACCUUGGGCCAAAGCUUAUCCUCGCGCGCUGGCUGCCGCUUGAGUUAAUCUCUCGAUCGUCUCCUCCGUGUGCGUGUUUCCCUCGCUAGCUCGGAGCUGGAUAGAUGGCUCCGUUCCUCCUCCUGUCUGCCUCUUCCCCUCUUUUGUUCUCCCUUUCUCGAUCUACUACUCGAUAUGUAAAUUUAGUUGGUGGCAUUGGAUCGAGUUGUGUCCUCUAUAGACAACCGACCGACCACUACUACGGUACUACUCCUCCUACUAUUACCUAGAGCAAAUUAAUAUCAACGCCAUGUUGUACCAUCCAGGUUUAACUUUUGUUGGAAUACGUACUACGAGAUCAAAUUAA